GGUUUUACUCUAGGGAAGUUGUUCAGUGGAUGGGAUCUUGGCGUACAGAGAAAGAUGACAGGCUCUUUCUGGCUCCUUCUCAGCCUUGUUGCUGUAACUGCUGCUCAAUCCACCACUGAAGAACAGGCCAAGACAUUUUUGGAGAACUUUAACCAUGAAGCCGAAGACCUGUCUUAUCAAAGUUCACUUGCUUCUUGGAAUUAUAACACCAAUAUUACCGAUGAGAAUGUCCAAAAGAUGAAUGAAGCCAGGGCCAAAUGGUCUGCCUUUUAUGAAGAACAGUCCAGGAUGGCCAAAACUUACUCACUCGAAGAAAUUCAGAAUCUCACACUCAAGCGUCAGUUGAAGGCCCUUCAGCAGAGUGGGACCUCAGUGCUCUCGGCGGAGAAGAGCAAACGACUGAACACGAUUCUAAAUACAAUGAGCACCAUCUACAGUACUGGAAAAGUUUUGGACCCAAAUACACAGGAGUGCUUAGCACUUGAACCAGGUUUGGAUGACAUAAUGGAAAACAGCAGAGACUACAAUCGGAGGCUCUGGGCUUGGGAAGGCUGGAGGGCUGAGGUCGGCAAGCAACUAAGGCCAUUGUAUGAAGAGUAUGUGGUCCUGGAAAAUGAGAUGGCAAGAGCCAACAAUUAUGAGGACUACGGGGACUAUUGGAGAGGGGAUUAUGAGGUGACGGAGGCAGGGGACUAUGACUACAGCCGUGACCAGUUGAUGAAAGAUGUGGAACAUACCUUUGCAGAGAUUAAACCAUUAUAUGAACAACUUCACGCUUAUGUGAGGGCAAAGUUGAUGGAUACCUACCCUUCCUAUAUCAGCCCUACUGGAUGCCUCCCUGCCCAUUUGCUUGGUGAUAUGUGGGGGAGAUUUUGGACAAAUCUGUACUCUUUGACAGUCCCCUUUAAACACAAACCAAGCAUAGAUGUUACUGAAAAAAUGGAGAACCAGUCCUGGGAUGCAGAAAGGAUAUUCAAGGAGGCCGAGAAGUUCUUUGUGUCUAUCGGCCUUCCUCACAUGACUCAAGGAUUCUGGGACAACUCCAUGCUGACUGAGCCAGGCGAUGGCCGGAAGGUGGUCUGCCACCCCACAGCGUGGGACUUGGGGAAGGGUGACUUCAGGAUCAAGAUGUGCACGAAGGUCACAAUGGAUGAUUUCCUGACAGCCCAUCAUGAGAUGGGACAUAUCCAGUAUGACAUGGCAUAUGCUGCACAACCCUACCUGCUCAGAAAUGGAGCUAAUGAAGGUUUCCAUGAAGCUGUUGGGGAAAUCAUGUCACUGUCUGCAGCUACACCUCACUAUUUGAAAGCGCUUGGUCUUCUGGAACCUGAUUUUUAUGAAGACAAUGAAACAGAAAUAAAUUUCCUGCUCAAACAAGCACUUACAAUUGUUGGAACUCUACCAUUUACUUACAUGUUAGAAAAGUGGAGGUGGAUGGUCUUUAAGGGUGAAAUUCCCAAAGAGCAGUGGAUGCAAAAGUGGUGGGAGAUGAAGCGAGAGAUAGUUGGAGUGGUGGAGCCUCUGCCUCAUGAUGAGACAUACUGUGAUCCUGCGUGUCUGUUCCAUGUGGCUGAAGAUUACUCGUUCAUCCGGUAUUACACGAGGACCAUUUAUCAAUUCCAGUUUCAUGAAGCCCUUUGUAAAACAGCUAACCAUGAAGGUGCCCUGUUCAAAUGUGACAUCUCAAAUUCCACUGAAGCUGGGCAGAGGCUGCUCCAAAUGCUGAGCCUUGGAAAAUCAGAACCCUGGACCUUAGCAUUGGAAAGUAUUGUGGGGAUAAAGACUAUGGAUGUAAAACCCCUGCUCAACUAUUUUGAGCCCUUGUUUACCUGGCUGAAAGAGCAGAAUAAGAAUUCAUUCGUGGGUUGGAGCACGGAAUGGACUCCAUAUUCUGACCAAAGCAUCAAAGUGAGGAUAAGCCUAAAAUCAGCUCUUGGAAAAAAUGCUUAUGAAUGGAAUGACAACGAAUUGUACUUGUUCCGGUCCUCUGUGGCAUAUGCCAUGAGAAAAUAUUUUUUAAAGAAGAGAAAUGAGACCAUUCCUUUUGGGGAAGAGAACGUGUGGGUGAGUGACAAGAAACCAAGAAUCUCCUUCAAGUUCUUUGUCACGUCACCUAACAAUGUGUCUGACAUCAUCCCUAGAACUGAAGUUGAAAAUGCCAUCAGGUUGUCCCGGGAACGUAUCAAUGAUGCCUUCAAGCUGGAUGACAACAGCCUGGAGUUUCUGGGGAUUCAGCCGACGCUGGGACCCCCUUACAAGCCACCUGUCACCAUAUGGCUGAUUAUCUUUGGGGUCGUGAUGGGAGUGGUAGUGAUUGGUAUUGUUGUGCUCAUCUUCACUGGGAUCAGAGAUCGAAGGAAGAAAAAUCAAGCAAGCAGUGAAGAAAAUCCUUAUGGCUCUGUGGACUUGAAUAAAGGAGAAAAUAAUUCAGGAUUCCAAAAUACUGAUGAUGUUCAGACUUCGCUUUAGAAAAAUCUUUUUUAUUUCCUCUUGAGAUGAUUUUAUUGUGUGUAAAUAUUAAUUUCACAGUACAGAACAUAGGCAAUUAUAAGAAUGUCAUUAAAUGUCAAAGCUCUGGCUCUGUUCAGGAAAAGCUGUCCAAGAAGGCAUGCCUGGGAAGAGGGCAUCUUCUUUUAGACUUGUUUCUGCCUCAGGACUUGACUUCUGUUUCCUUAAAGAGAUGUUUCUGUUUGAGAAUAGAGACAGUAUGCCUUUGGCCUCACAGGCUGUUCAGGGGUAAUGGAAAUGGAAAUUUCUGUUGUGUUGCUGGAGAUGGCAAAAAAGGAUACAUGGCAGGAGCAAGUGUGUGGAAUCUGGACCGAUGGCUCUUAAGGACGCGCCUGUGAAUGGAUGGAGCUGCGAGGUGGAGUGCGGCAUGCACUGUUCACUUGGGUUUAAUUCAAGUGUAAAGGAGGACAUGCUCUCUUCACGUUAACUUAAUCUAAGUACUCUAGUGAUUCCCUCCAGUCAUGAUUGGACCAGAACAUGCCUUCUUCAGAGUGACAGGGCUACAGAAGAGAGAAGAAUCCAGAGAGCCACUGGAGGAUGUUGCCUUUUUACUUUCAAGUUGCUUGGCCACUGUCUUUCUGACAAUAUCACACUAGCCCCAGGGGCCUCCCUGAACCCCCUUCUGAGCUGCCAUGAUAGAAACUUGCUUCCGUUGCUUUCUAAUUGUAAAGUGCAUGGGGACCCCAACUGCAUGUCACUUCUGAAGUGCGCUCCCAAUCGCUUGAAUCUUCUGUAUUUGCCCAUAAUGUUUGAGUAGUGCUGAGCACAAAGCUCGUGAAGACAAUAAAUACUUGAUUUACACA